AGUGAAAAGUCAAAGGCGUCGGGUGACAUGCAAAAGAACAGGGGGCCACCGCCCCAGACGGCGACCACGUCGAGAGCAAGGAGCACCAAGUCGAUUCCAAAAGAGGAAGAAAACGAGGCUUACGUUGCGAUUCCACCCGAUGGAGGUUGGGGGUGGGUUGUCGUUUUGGGAGCUUUCUAUAUUUUUUGUAUAGCCGAUGGAGCUUUGGUCAGUUUUGGAAUAUUUUUAAAUGACGUAUCGAAAGCUUUCAAUUGUACUAAUAGCGAAAUUGCGAUUGCUGGAGCUGUACAAACUUGCUGUUAUUGCUUAGCAGGUCCAAUUUCAGCAGCUUUAGUAAAUACGUUUGGAUAUAGAGUUGUCGUAAUUUUAGGAACAACCCUCGCAUCAAUAGCUUAUUCUUUAACCGCGUUAACACAGCGUCUUUAUCAACUGAUUAUAGCGUACGGUAUCUUAAGCGGACUUGGUUUCGGGAUGAUGUACGUUUCAGCUGUGAUAGCAGUGGGUUAUUACUUUGAAAGAUGGCGAGGUUUAGCAUCAGGAAUGUCUUUGUGUGGGGCAGGAAUCGGCGCGACGAGUCUUCCCCCAAUAAUCACCAUACUUCUUCACGAAAUCGGUUGGAGAGAUACUUUUUACGUGAUCUCCGCCCUAAUUCUAACCUGUUAUUUAAGCGGGAUCGUUUUUAGACCGUUAAAACCGGUAAAAGUUAGGGUGGAUAUGCAUGGGGCGCCGAAGAAAACGUUGAGUCAUAUUAGUGAGGUCCAAGAAACAAAAAGCAAAAUGAGUCAAUUUUUCUUACAUUAUAAUAACGCCACUUAUCCGACUGUUGCUGAUGUUAAAUCGUCGGUUAUUGCAUUGCUAAAACCGCCAAAAGUGACGGUUACUCGAUCAGCUUCAAGUGAAAUUAUUGCAACUACACUUCUGGAUGGUGGCGAAUACAUUCAUCCAAGAAGCGAUGCAGAUAGUAGUAAUAAAAGUACUGAGUCGUGUUAUAAUUGUUGCAUUAGAUUGAAAAAAUGUUGUUAUAUAAAUUGUUGUAUGAAAUGUUGUCAUAUGAGAAAAUCAAGAACUUAUAUACCUUCAAGACCUAUGUAUAGGGACGAUAUUUUUUAUACUGGUUCAAUUGCUACACUUCCAGAAUAUAAAAGGAGUCAAGUAUCAAGAGCUGCUUCAUCGAAAUCUAAAAGUGUUUUGGAGUACCAUAUAUCAGUAACACGAACAACAACUCAUCAAGAUGUCGAAGAAGAAGUUGUUUGUAAAAUGUGCCCGGAGGCAGUAAAAAGAACAUUAGCUACAAUGUUAGACGUGAGACUUUUAAAAAAUCCAUCAUUUCUCUUAUUGAUUUUAAACGCUUUUUGCGUCGCUUACGCCUUUUACACGCCGUUCGUUUACGUUAAAGAUAGAGCUUUAGAAAACAAGUUUCCAAAAGAUAAAGCUUUUUGGUUAAUUUCAUCAAUCGGUGUAAUGAACACCAUCGGAAGAGUUUUUUGUGGAAUUUUAGCUUCCGUACCUAACGUUAAAGCCCACGUGGUUUGUGUUGUAUUUUUAUUCACCGCUGGAGUUGCCACAAUUUUAUCCGGAUUAUCUUUUGAAGUAUGGUACCAAUUCACUUACACUUCAUUGUACGGAUUUUGUGUAUCGAGUAUCUCAACGUUAAGGUCGGUGAUUAUCGUUGAAAUCUUAGGAUUGGAAAAAUUAACAAACGCCGUUGGAAUGAUUUUACUGUUUCAAGGAAUGGCAACAUUCGCCGGCACUUAUAUUUCCGGCGUAUUACGAGAACGAACAGGAAGCUACCAUGUGACGUUUUAUGUUUCUGGAACCGCAUUAAUGGUCGGUUCGAUGUUUUUAUUAUUGGUGAAGAAAAGGAAUACUGAAGAGGUCAUCAAUAGAACGUAAAUUUCAAUAAAAUCGGUUUAUUA